CAAAUCUGACAGAGUUACGCUGGGAGAACGCCUACGAUGAACCUCUAGAUUUUAAGUGCCCCUCAGGACAGUCAAUAUCCUAUAUAAAAAGCCAACAUCACAAUCAUCACGAGGACCGAAUGUGGGAGUUCGGCUGUAAAGACACCUUUGACUCUGGUUCAGACUGCUUCUUGUCACCUAAUGUCAAUGAUUUUGACCAAAAAUUCACCUUUGAGUGUCCGCCACACCACAUCAUUACAGGAAUGAGCAGCUACCACAACAACAAGCACGAGGACAGAUGGUGGCAGUUUUACUGCUGUAGAAGUAACGACCACUGUACUGCUGACUGUGAGUGGACUACUUAUGUGAACUGCUUUGAUGAGUAUUUCCAUUGGACAGUACCAAACCAUAACUACCUGGUGGGUGCUGAAAGCUACCAUGAAAACAAACACGAGUAAGUACAGCUCCCCAAAAUAAUUCGACAUACUCAUAA